AAACCUUACCAAGGAACAGCGGCGAGUGGGGAGGAAGAAACUCAAAGGUCUCAGUCCUUAAAAUUGACUAUGGUGGGAAUUCAGACACAUUUGAAAUUUCAGACAAAAAAAAGUCUUAGACAAAGAAAUCAUGGUGUAACUGCUGGGAGGAAAACUCCAACCCUCAGGAAGAGACCAGGACAAGAUUUAUGGUGAGAUGAAAGAGAAGGAACAGCAAAUCCUGUGGCAAAAUACACAGCAGAAACACCAAAAAACUAACAUCUGAGCAUUCUGGAGUACAGAAGAAGCCUUGGUGGAAUUGCAGAAACUGUUUUUUUCAUGAGAAGAAAAGUAAUUUUCCCAAAGAAAAGGUCAACCCACAAUUCUAUACUCGAUGGAGUAAGGUGUGCCUUUGUCAUCUUAUUCUGCCUGUGCUUGUUGGUUCCCAUGCAAAAUCAUAGAGAAGCAGCCAAAGGAGAAUAGAAGGAGUGAAGUGGGCAGCAGGAAGGACAAAAUGAAGAUGAAAAAUAAGACCUUUACUGGCUAUUUCAGUACUUUUGCCUGAUUGGAGUUUCAGAAUAUUAGAGACACGGAUAUUCAAAAAGACCCAACCAAGUGAAGAGCGGGCUCUUCGCAGAUUGGCGCCUGGACAGGUACCUUGGAUUGCUGGAUUCAGUCUAACCAACCAUGGAUUGUUAUAAAACAAAGCGUCAGUCCUGGAUUUUCCCCACCGUCAUUCUCUGUAUCUAUGGAUUUUUCUCCAUGGCUAGACCUUCAGAACCAUUCCUCACACCUUACUUAAUUGGACCUGAUAAGAAUCUGACACUCAAUGAGGUCUCUAAUCAUAUGUUUCCAGUUUGGACUUACUCUUACUUGGUGCUGCUGUUCCCUGUGUUUGUGCUGACUGAUUACCUUCGGUAUAAACCUGUCAUCAUCUUACAGGGAGUUAGCUUUGUGGUUACGUGGCUGCUGCUCUUAUUUGCCCAAGGAUUAUUAGCCAUGCAGAUUGUGGAAUUUUUCUAUGGGUUGGCCACUGCCACAGAAGUGGCCUAUUAUUCCUACAUUUACAGUGUGGUCAGUGUGGAACAUUACCAGAAAGUAACAAGUUACUGUAGAAGCAUCACACUAGUGGCUUACACCGCUUCUUCUGUCCUGGGACAACUCUUAGUCUCCCUGGCACAUGUACCUUACUUUUACCUCAACGUUAUAAGCAUGGUUGUUGUCUCCUUGGCAUUGGUUUUCUCAUUUUUUCUGCCAAUGCCCCAGAAAAGCAUGUUCUUCCAUAAAAAAAACAAUGCAGAAGAAAGUUCUCCAGGAUCGCCAGGCAAGGAUGAAAUUCUAGAGACGCCUAGUCAUGGACGCUCCGUCAGCCAAGAAGGUGGUACCAUUUCAGAAUCACCAGCCAAAUCAGGAAGGCAGCAAGAAAGCAGAUUACUUGACCUCCAACAUAAAAACCUGAUGCUGAGGGUGUUUUUGCAGUGGUGCCAAGACUUGAAGGACUGCUACUCAACCAAACAUCUUUUUUUCUGGUCCAUUUGGUGGGCUUCUUCCACAGCUGGCUAUAACCAAGUGUUAAACUAUGUCCAGAUUCUAUGGGAUCACAAGGCACCAUCUCAGAGUUCUGAUGUGUAUAAUGGAGCAGUAGAAGCUGUUGCAACAUUUGGUGGUGCUUUGGCAGCCUUUGCCAUGGGAUAUCUAAAAAUCAACUGGGAUCUUUUGGGAGAACUGGCUUUAGGAAUCUUCUCAGUCCUAGAUGCUGCUUCACUAUUCCUCAUGCAUUUCACCAACAACAUCUGGGUGUGUUAUGCUGGCUAUUUGAUUUUCAAAUCAGGUUAUAUGCUUCUCAUAACCAUUGCAGUAUUUCAGAUUGCAGUGAACCUCAGCAUGGAGCGUUAUGCUUUAGUCUUUGGAGUCAACACCUUUAUGGCUUUGGUGAUUCAGACCAUAAUGACAUUAAUCAUAGUUGAUUCUAGAGGUCUGAAUCUGCCCAUCAAUAUUCAGUUCCUAAUUUAUGGAAGCUACUUUUUAGUCAUUGCUGGAAUUUUCAUAGUGAGAAGUAUUUAUAUAAUCUAUUCCAUCAAAUGCAAAAAAGAGAAAAGAGCUACUCUCACCUAUCUGAACCAAAGUGAAGGAAAACCAGAGGAAUGUAUUGAAUCAACAAAGCUUUAGUAUCUACACUGGUCUCAUUGUUUUACAGAAAAACAGAAAAUUACAUUGACUGAAAAUGGGAUAGUUUGAAAAAUUAGAUUUGUAUGUUUUGCCAUGAAUCAAAAUAUACAAGCUGAUUA